AAUCUCGUAUUCAAGUCGAUUUUCUAUCGUCGUUCCAUUUGAGCUAUCUUAUCCACAGGGCCACAGCUACCUACCUGACCAUAACAUGGUAAAUGCCAAGCCCAUGGCCUGCUAAGCGGCCGUGUUGUCCAUCCAAAGGAUGCCGAUUAUUCCGUUCCAAGACUUCUGCGGCACGCCCUCAAUUUCCACUGUUCUACGGGUUGCAUCCACGUGCGCUUCCUUAAGCAGUAUGUCAGAGGUCUUAACCCUUUGUGGAGGACAGCCAACCAUAGGCCAAGCAUCUGCGGUACGCCAUCAAGCUCUGUAUCGAGACUUUGAACACUCGACUGUGUCCAGUAAUUACAGUGACUGCGUCACAAUCACCUUGUCCUGUCGGCGCAAGGCACAACGCAAUGCCCAGUCUCACCAUGCAUUCUAUCGCGUCAUUGCUUCUGGGCACCUGAUGGUCUGCAGGCGACCUAUGCAAUGCCAUGCCAGCAAGAAGUGGCACAGCGUCAGACCUGUUGCAUUGGCUCGCAUCAACCUGCUGUAUUAUGAAGCCCACCACUGUGAAUGAUACAGUAUGCGAAUUGCAUCUUGGGGUCCAAUUAUUCGUGUGAGGCGAGCUACAGGUGUUUUCAUGGGGAAGGACACCAUUGACGAGGAUGCUGCAAGAUGGUAACUAGCCGUUUGAUGGUGUCUGUUGUUUAAGCAUACCCUGUGCAAACAGCAGCCUAUUCGAGGACAGAGUCGUAUACGAAAGCUAUGACCAGGGCCAGGUUGAGUAGCAAUCCAAUCACCACAAGAUUGAUAACCUGAACUCGAGGUUUGCGGCACCGCAUACGAGGCUAUUUUGAAUUCGUCAAUCAUUCGUGGCAGAGUGUAGAAGCAGCAUUAGUCUUUCUUUAGUUCGACAUAGCUGGCACCUCUAAGCGACCUCAUCCCGCGCAAUCGGGUACGCAGAGAAGCUCGUGAUGGGUGCGCCAGAUCAUCCUACCUUGGUGAUUGGACUGAUACAGACCACGCGGUGGGAUUGAUACCACGGGAGUGCCCGCUCAUUGCGCGCCUGCCGCUGCAUUCAAUGCCGCAUGGAUUAGGCAAAUGGGUGACAACGUGCAUCCGAACCGCCAAUCUACGUUUGAUCUAUCAGCUCGGCCUUCCUAUUGAGGUGUAGAUAUUCGGAUAAGAACCACCGAGUGUUGAAAUUGAUAACUUCAAGGUUGCAAUACAGACCGUUGUUACAUGCAUCAGACAAUCCAUACUUGAUACGUCUGUGAUGAUCAAUCGAUGGUAUCUAAAACAGUUUUUUGUACUAAUCUAUACAACACACCAACCUCGGAACGAACAUUCGAUUCCUCGAUCUGCAGCUGUGUCACAGUCUCUCGAUGUUGGUCUCAGCAACC